AUGGGCAGUGGUUUUGCCAGGCAGAAAUCUGUAAGGUUACAGAAGAGAAGAAUGAAGCAGGAAGUAUUAACAUAUCCUAUUCCCUGGCAUCUUGUUUGCACUCUUAGGUCACGGGGUACUGAACAAAUGGUCAUGGGGAACCAGACAAAUGUCAGCUAUUUUAUUCUGUCUGGAGUUUCCAGUGACCCACAGCUCCAGCCUUUCCUUUUUGUGGUCUUUCUAUUUAUAUACCUUGUAACUGUGGUGGGGAAUGGGGCCAUCAGGGUGGUAAUAAGAGCUGAUCCUCACUUUCACACCCCCAUGUACUUCUUCCUAUUCCAUUUAUCAUUGUUUGACAUCUGCUAUUCUUCAGUCACUGUCCCAAAGAUGCUGCAGAAUUUAUUGGAGGAGAAGAAAACCAUUUAUCUCCAUGGCUGCAUUGCCCAGAUGAGCUUACUUCUUUUUGUGGGUGGUACAGAAGUUUUCAUACUAUCAGCAAUGGCCUAUGAUCAAUAUGCUGCCAUGUGUGACCCACUGCGUUAUUUGGGGACCAUGAAUAAAGAACUGUGUAUACAAUUGAAGGGUGGUGCAUGGGUGAUGGGUACAUUUUAUUCAUUAACAAAUGCUGCUCCUGCAUUACAUUUACAUUUCUGUGGGCACAAUGAAGUGCAUAAUUUCAAUAGUGAACUCCCAUCUCUACUAGAAGUGUCCUGCACAGAGACCUUCACCAGUAAGAUGGCAUUCCUCACUUCAACUAUGAUUUCAGGUUUGACCUCAAUCUCCAUCACCCUGGUCUCUUAUAUCUGCAUCAUCUCCAGCAUCCUGAGGAUACGCUCUGCUAAGGGUAGGGGUAAAGCCUUCUCUACCUGCAUCUCCCACAUCACUGUAGUUGUUCUGUAUUAUGGGGCAGGUUUGUUUCGAUAUCUGAGACCUACUCCAGCCUCUUCAGUGGUUCUUGACAGACUCUUCUCCAUCCAGUACAGUAUCUUAACUCCCAUGUUAAAUCCUAUCAUCUACAGCCUGAGAAACAAGGAGGUAAAGGCAGCUCUGGGGAAUAUACUGCAAAAAAUGAAAGGCACCUGA